CAACCGCAGUCUUUCCCUGCGUCCAACUGGUUUCGCCCAGCACCGAGCUGACCGGAAACUUUGGUCAACAAGACUUUUACUUUGCCAUCGGUCAGCACAUGGCUCAAGAGCGCUCCACUGCGGUCUGUCAAGCUGUCGAUAGCAAACUCACCUCUGAGUUGGCCAACUCCAAGAUGCGCAGCCUGGUCUUUGACUACCUCCUGAGACACGGUUUCUCCGAUACAGCCAUCGCACUGGCACCCAUAAUCGAAAACUCUUCGACAGCCCAGCUGGCCAAAUCUGACAACGAAGGCGAGCAGCUAGAAGCCGUGGACUCGGCGGGCGACGAUAGUAAUGCUGAAAGUGCCGAACACGCCGCUGGUGAAGAAUGGCCGGAGUCCUUCGAAGCCGUCAAGCGCCGUAUCAAUCUUAUCCGUCUGAUCGAGACGGGUCACUUCCUGGAGGCAAUUACCGAGUUGAGCACCAACUAUGUCAACCUCGUUCACCAAGCGCCCGCC